GAGGGGCGGGAGCUGGGGGUAACAAAGGUGGACAUGGGGUGGCAGGGAGGAGAGCCCUGCGGAGUGGUUUGAAGUUCCCAUAGAUGGGGUGAGCCACCUGCAGUGGUCGCCAGCGGGGCAGGUGCUCCUGGCUGGCUGUGCCGCCUUAGCACCUGUGCCCCAGAUUAGUGGCCUUAGAAGUGUAGUAUAGCCCUAUGCCGACGUGUUGCAGCCUGAAAUAAGGUACUGAGUGGCCAAAAAAAGUUGGUUCCCUGACACGACCAUCACCCUAAAACUGGUCACAACUCUGCCUGGGUUCGUGUGAGGAGAACGCCUCCGCAGGCAUAACAUGACUGUAGUGAGCCUGACGGCAGUGUCAGCUUUGGCUUAACUACCAUUCGGUGAGCCUAUAUGGGACUCCAUUUCCUGUUACCCACUGAUGAAGUGAGCUGUAGCUCAUGAAAGCUUAUGCUCAAAUAAAUUUGUUAGUCUCUACAGUGCCACAAGUACUCCUUUUCUUUUUGCGAAUACAGACUAACACGGCCACUGUAAGUGUUACAUCUUGCCAUUUAUUUUACUUUUAAAUUUGUAAUUUGUUUUUAAAAUGCUAUUUUAUUACAAAUUGCCCUUAGCACACCAUCCCUUCUCUUGAUUAACUCUAUUCAGAUGCAUGUCAUUGUUUACCUGUAACUAAGUUAUGCCCCCCCUCUGCUGAUGUAAGCAGAGUCAGGAUGAGCUCUACCCUGACAUCUGGUGGUGAGUCAUGGUGGGUUGUGGAAAACCUAGGCACACCCACCCUACCUAGAUGGUUACUGGCUGCUGUAGGAGCCCCAGUUUCUCUGUUACUGGGGCAGGAGUAAACUUGAUUGUGAAUCAAGGAUAGUGGAACUGUACUCGGCCUUUUGUUGUGAUGGAGGGACUCACCAUCAACUAAGCAGUACUCGCUAGGCAAGGGUCUUGGGUUCCAAAACCCAGUAGAGAGAGAGGCUGGGGACAGGCAUUAAUGCUUGGUGGUAUGGGCCCCCUGGUGAGGGCCUUACAUGCCAAUUGCAAUUAUUCCUCUCUCCAUUGUGGAAUAUCAGAGCUAAUUUUGAUUCUAUUAGGAAUCUAAUCUAGUUACAGGCUGCUGACUGAAUUCACUUUGGGCUAAUGGUGCACCAGCAUUGAGGCUCCCCUACUACAGGCUGAAAUCACAAAAGAGCUAAACUUACUAAGAGCUGAAAUCACUGAGCGUUGUGUUAAGUAGCAGGGGGAGCCUGAAGAUAUAUGGCGGAGCAGUUUGUGGGAUGGUGAGCAGAGCAGCUUGUGGAGCAUUGCAGUCUGUGGGAUGCCUGAAGCAGCUCAUGGGGGGCGGCUGGCACAGUGGAGUCCCAUGGAGAGAGGUUGGAGUUGGGGCCUCUUCAUCCUCCAUCACAUCAUUACCAAAAGCAGUGGAAGAUCACUCCCAUGCUAGGCCAUGAACACUCUUCUCCUCCUCAUCUGACAGUGGUGGUGACUCCAGUAAUCUGGAAUUAACAUCACAAUGGCAGGAUAAAACAUGCGUGGCUAUUCCUGUCCAUAUGAGGAGGAAUUGCUAGUUGGAUAUGACAUCCCCUCAGAGGUCUCCUGCUGUCUUCUGAGGCCCAGGACAAGAAGCUGGCUCCCAAAAUUUGUGAUCCAGGACUUUGUAAGCCUCUUGAAAUUCUACUACACACGUCUAUCUUGUAGCUGCUUCUGGUGAAUAUGUCUAUGAAAUACUUAAAAUGGAUUUUUUUGGCACUCUCUAUGCUCUCUGUCAUAAUAAUGACAUGGUACAUGACACAUCCUUCGCAUACUGUGAUAGAGCAUACAAACUGGAUGUAUUUCUAUGAAUAUGAGCCAGUUUACAAGCAGAACUUCUUCUUCACACUGCGGGAGCGUUUCAAAUGCAAAGAUACAAAUCCGUUUCUGGUCGUCAUGGUGUCUUCGCAACCUACAGAUAUAGAGGCAAGGCAGGCCAUUAGAGUAACAUGGGGUUCUAAAAAAUCCUGGGGGGACCGUCAGAUUCUAGUACUGUUCUUAUUAGGGCAAGGAGCUGAAAGAGAAGACAGCUUAGAUGCAUUAUCAAUAGAAGAUGAAAGCAUUCUGUAUGGUGACAUAAUUCGCCAAGAUUUUAUGGAUACUUAUAACAAUCUUACCUUGAAAACAAUCAUGGCAUUCAGAUGGGUGUCUGAGUUUUGUUCAAAUACUAAAUACAUUAUGAAGACGGAUUCUGAUGUUUUCAUCAACCCUGGCAACUUAGUAACAUUUCUUCAAAAUAUAAAUUCUUCAGACAGUUUUUUUACUGGUUACCCUCUAAUUGAUAACUUUUCCUACAGAGGGUUUUACAGAAAAACAUACAUUUCUUAUGAUGAAUAUCCAUUUAAGGUAUAUCCUUCAUACUGUAGUGGAAUGGGGUAUAUACUUGAUGGAAAACUGGCUCUGAAGAUUUAUGAAAUGAUGAGUCAUAUCAAACCUAUUAAAUUUGAAGAUGUUUAUGUUGGAAUUUGCUUAAAUAUGAUAAAUGUGAACAUCCAUAUUCUAGAAGAUACACAACUCUUCUUCUUACACAAAAUUAACUUUAACAUCUGUAAAUAUAGACACUUGAUUGCAGUACAUGGUAUAUCUUCAAGUGAAAUGAUUAGAUUUUGGCAGGAUUUAUUGACGGACACUUCACUCAUUUGCCAAUGAUCCCAUGUUAUAGGUCUGUCAAAAGCUGACUGCUUUGUCCUGGCCUCUUGGUUUGAAUUGCACUGUAGAAAGUGUGUAAAUUGAGUUUUGUAGAACAAGGAAAUGGAAAUGGGGUUUUAGAAAGGAUCACUCAGGCUUAUGGGACCACCCUGAUUACAAGGCACAACUAAAAAAACAGCAGAAUAUCUCUAGAGGGUUUUCAGUAUGUUUUUAAAUUGAGAAUGAGACUUUGUUGCGCCUUUUUUAUUCCAGAAUUUAUUUAAAUUAUAUGGUAACAGUACUCUGCUCACUCCACCCCUCUGGUUCAUUUCUGAACAGUCUGCUGCAAGUAUGGGGUCAUCCUGCCUGAGUUUCCUACCACCUCCCCAGUAAUCUGUUGUCCUGGGAUUUAUGGAACUGCAGCAGCAGCACCCUUCUUUUCUCAAAGAACUGUCCCACAAACCUAGAUCCUGGGGCAAACUGCUGUCUGUUUUCCUUCAGAGGGGUACCCUGUCUACUUUAGGGAAUGUCUCAUUCUGGGCCCCCAUCAACACAUGAACUCCUCCUCUGCACUGCAUGAUGCUCAAAGUUGCUUGCUUAGUCAACCCCAAUGAUUCCUUUAGAAAUAUUGUGCCAAGAUUUUCCAAAUUAGCUGUUUAAUUUUAGGCUCCUAUGUUUUCACUGAAGUCAGCAGGAUUUCUAGAUACUCAGCAUUAGCGAAAAUGUGGCUGCUUUUUUAGGUGCCUAUAAAUAUAUUUUAUAGAAUUGCCUUAAUGGCUUCAGAAAGCUGCAUUAUUUUAGUGCUAACAGUGUUCUCAGUAUAUUAAAAUAGAGGGCCAGAUCUACAGCAGUGUAACUUAGUUCAAAUAAACUUAUUUUCAAGUUGUUCAGCAAUAUAGGACAGCAAAAUUUAUGCACUAAUAGGCUCAUCUCCACACCUACCAGAAUCUAAGCAGGGAGAAUAAGCAAUGAGAUUUGCUGUGAAACUUGUUUGUUGAAAUGGCUUUCAAAUGCUGAGAUCAGAUUCCAUUUGCAAAAUGAACUGUUUGGUUCAGAGUUCAAAAUAAAAAUUUGGAACUAUUUCUAGACUCUUUUUCUAACUGGAAUUGUAACAAAAGAAAACUAUAUUUUGUAUGUAAAGGUGAGUAUUUUAUUGUCUUAGUCAUAUCAGCAAGGCCAUGUUUCCAGUAGUUUACGCUUCUGAUAGCAAUACAGACUCUGCAAUUGCAUUAACACAUUUAUUAUUCUUGACACGUCUAAAAUCUAUCACAUACCAAAGAUACAACAGUGACAUCCUGUACAUCUAGAAUGACAGAGCCCUGCCACUUUAUUUCUACUCAUACUAUAGCUAGUGAUGUAUUUACAUUUAAUUUGUCUUUUAAAUAGUCUCUUAGAGACAAAUGUAGAAUAGGUAUAAAAUAACUCCACUACUAGUACCAAGAAUGAGGUUUCAUCAAUAUUUUUUAAUGUGCACUAUGAUCAGUGAGUUUUGAUAACUUUGUAUAACCAUACAUCAUAUCUUACAGGUUAACUUAAAUAUGAAAGUGGAAUCUUAGUCUUAGGGGAGGAAAUUGUGUUCACCACAAACUGUAGACCCCAAUAUUUUGAACUUUGUUCUAGAAGGGUGCUCACUGUGAUUCAAUUCAAGGUUGUGUGCUAGUUUUAUUUAAACUAGCUUGUAUAGUUUAAUGAAAUUCUAAAGAUGGGUAAUGUCUUAUUUAAAUAUGGUGGGGAGGAAGUGCUAUUCUAAUUUUAGAACUAGAAAAUUACUGCAAAACUGCAACAACUAAACUUCUGGGAUCCACUUAUGAUUUGAUAUGAGUCUUACUAUAGUUGGGUGGGAAGGAACAUGUUCAACUUGUAUACAUCAUCUUGUCCAAUGAAUGGGCAUACAUUGAAAAAUUCUCACCUAUAAAAACAGCUUAUUUUAAACCUACCAUGACAUGAACGUUUAUUUUAAUAGUGAGUGUUUGCCCCAUGAAUGCUGAUAGUCAGUAUAGUUGGACAGUGGUUAAUAUUGCUUUUUAAAAACAAUACUUUAGGUGGAAUCACAAAAGGCUUCAGUCUUCACAAAGCUGAUGCAAGGCAGAUGGCUGUAGCUGCAAAAAUAGGUAUGACAAUAAGAGAAAAGUAACUUUCUCCAAGCAAGAUAAUUUUGUGCCUGACAAGGUUCACUGAUCAGCGAUUGCAGGGCUUUUGCCUUCAGAAAUGUAGAUUAAUACACAGUUUAUUCAACCUGAAAUUGUAACUUAGUGACAAAACUGUUUUAAUUUGAAACAGCCUCUUAGUAACUUAGACUUUUUUCUUGCUUCUCCCGUUUCUAAACAGAUUUGAACGUAUUUAUUACUAGAAGCAUAAAAUGUGUAAUACGGCUUGCCAUGUUACUUCAACGGAAAUGUUGGCUAUUUUUAAAAACAAAACAAACCUGAUAAGAGGGGAAUUUAAAAUAAUCGUAUGAAUUUACACCGUCAAUUUUAAUGUAGGCUACAAUUUGGACCCAAACAACUCUGUCCCCUUAACAUCUUCUGAUAGAAAUGAAGUGUCAACUUCAGCCUAAGAUUUCUUAUGACCCUGUUUAUGAACUUAUUGGCCUUGCAAAUGACGCAGGUCAAACCUCCUUCAGGAUCAUACAUAUUCUCAGAGGUGGUGUGCACAAAAAUGCCUCAAACAGUGUUUAGUAUUUAGAGUUUUAUUCUAGUGUAUUGAAAAUAGCAUUCACAAUGUAAAAUUACCACUGUAUCCAUCACCUGUAUAUUCUUCCAGUAGAGUUUGCAGAGUUAAGUGUUUAGACAUUUUACUGGGAUUCAUUGAUUGCGUACCUUCAAAUACAAAUAGUAAAUACUUAAACUGAUUAGGUGCAUUGCAGGAUGAACCAUUUUAACGAAGACCCAGACUGCAUAUAUUUUGGCAUUGUUUUGUCUGCCAUUUGUACAGUACUAAAGAAAAUGUACAGUAGAUUUAUAGCAAAUUGUAUUAAUCACCUGUUUCAUUUAUCUUGGUAUAGUUUUGUUUUUAAAAGUUUGAGUAAUUUUAAACUGAGUUUAAAUAUGCUUGAAGUCUGGAUUCAGCGUACAUAAUGUACAACACAAACUUGAACUAGAAACUGAUUAGGGGUAAACUAAAUAGGAUGUGAACACUGAAUUCCUAAUCUUCUGACUAUAUCAGAUAUGUUACUUAAUUAUAAAACCCAGAAGCUGCAAACAUGGGACUCAAUACUGCACUCCUUAGACAAAAUUCCCACUGAUGUCAAGGAGAUUGAGGCUGAGUGACAUUUAGGAUCCUUACAGGAAAAUUAUAGGUUUUCCUAUUCUUGAAGUAGAAUAUAUGAUUUGGGAGGGAUUUGAAAUGUUCCUCUGAAUGCUGCUUGUUAAAGUGAUCUACUUGAUGCUAUUUUAAAAAAAAAAAAAAUUACACUUCAAAGGUUGAAACACCAUGUUUGUAUACUAAUAGUAAUCUAUGAUGGAAGGGAAACGCACACUUUCCACAAGGCAAGGAUAUAUGGCUUUUAUCUUAUUUCCUUGUGUAGUAGGGUCCAUGUUUGCUAAAAUAUGAAAAUUAAGCUAAAUACAUGUUGGGCCUCUGAUAAUCAUAAAGGAAUUAUAAUCCCUAACAGGCCCCUGUAGUUUUAGAUUGUAGAUACCCGAUAAAGUAACUUUCUAAUCUCAGAGACUAUAACCUGUGCUAUUAUGGUGUCUCACCUUCAAUUAUGGGGCUUUAUUUUGCAUCCUCAAAACAAGCAAAUGCUGCACUGUAUUGAAUAUAUCAAGUAGAAUAAAUAAAACAAUUACACUCAGGUUUAAACUUUAUAGCUAAAACCUCACUAUCUCUAGCCUUGUGACUGUAGUUACUAAUUACUUUCUGCAAUCUACAUUAAGCUGACUGAUUCUUAAGAGCCAGACUUUUAAAAGUUCAUUUAAGGUGUCAAUAGUACAUACAUGCUGACUCACCAUGUAAAAUAAGGAAAAAGUAAUCUGCUGGUUUACCCAGGACUCUUUGUAACGCUUUGUCUGCAGUGUUCCUUAAAGCUAUAGUAAAGACCUUUCUCUUACAACUUAGAUUUCUGAAAUAAAAAUGCAAACUAAGUGCUUUUGGUUUUGAACAACAAGCAACUGCAAACUUCGUAAAGCAUAAAGAGAAUCUUGACUAUGACGUUGUAGCAAAGUAAACACUAGUUGUUUAGACAGUGUAGUUCCGUUACUUGUCAUACAUACCUCAGGCUCUGCUCUUAUAAUGCACAAAAAGGUAACAAAAUACUGAUCUGAUCAAAGUGUAAGCAUUUUUCCUGAGCGCUCUUCUAUAUAACAGAGCCAGCCAUAGUUCUACAAUCUCUAACUGCAAUACUAGUCUUUGUAUUAUUACUUCUAAAGUACACUGCUGCUCCUCAUUCCACUACAGUUGUAGAGUCAUAGGGAUCCCAAAAGUCUCAUUAUAAUAAAUUAAAAAAGGAAUGGUCAUGAAACUAGCCAAGAACUAGGUCUUAGUGGUAAAACCAGCCUUGGUAAACUACUGUCCAUAUUUCACAUCUCACACUACUCAGAUUAUACAGGUGAAUCAAGGAGAGUUGAACUGAUUUCAAUAUAGAACAAAAACUAUUUCAGACUUUUGGCUUUUGAACACUAAUGCUCUAAAGGGAUGGUCCCUGUGAUAGUCUUUAAAAAGUGGUAUUUUACUUAGACUCUACUCAGACACAUGAUUGUCUGUUCUGGGACCAACAUUUGACCACUAACUGAAACCAAUGUGUUAUAGCUGCAUAGAUUCUGCAUUUAGACUUAUAAAGAAUCUAACCAUAACUGAUUA